UUUACUUCAAAUUGAGGCCACCCACUUCACAAAAAGUUCCAUGCCCUUCCACAAAGGAGACCCACCACAGCAAACCUCCCACUAACUCUCAAACUCUCCAUCACCUAGAAACAAUUUAAAAUCCUGACAAUCCCUCAUUCUCAAUACAAUAAGCAAAUAUAUGCUACAAGAACAAUCAUGCUGACGAAAAUUUAUCUUAUUUUUCUUCUGUUUUUCAAAUUCCACUCCCUGGUGUCUUGUAACUUCAUAAUAUCAAACAAUUGCCCGUAUACAAUCUGGCCUGGGACGCUGGCUGGCGCCGGAACAUCGCAAUUAUUGUCGACGGGAUUUAGGCUCGAUCCAAGUCAUUCGGCAAGGUUGGCAGCACCAUUAGGGUGGUCAGGCAGGAUAUGGGGGAGAACAGGGUGCGAGUUUGAUGGCAAUGGGGUCGGUUUUUGUGCAACAGGAGACUGCGGUGGCAAGUUGCAGUGCGCCGGGGCUGGUGCUGCACCUCCGACUACCCUGUUUGAGAUCACCCUUGGGACAGGACAACAAAUGGAUUUCUAUGAUGUUAGUCUUGUUGAUGGAUAUAAUUUGCCACUUUUUGCAGCGCCCAGGGUGCGAUAUGGAACAUGCAACUUUACCAGUUGUACGACCGACCUCAAUUCUG